AUGUUAAAUGUAACUACGCCUCCUCUGUCUUAUUUCAUUCUUGGAGCUUUUAUGAAUGUUGGAAGUUUAAAAUUCUUCUAUUUAUUAUUAACUCUAAUAUUAUACAUCCUGAUCAUUGCUGCCAACACGUUUCUGAUUGUGGUUAUCUGUGUGAACAGAAGCUUACAUGAACCUAUGUACAUGUUUCUGUGCAGCCUGUUUGUGAAUGAGCUGUAUGGUAGUACAGGGCUGUUUCCGUUGCUCAUGCUUCAGAUCCUCUCUGAUGUUCACACUGUUUCUGCUCCUCUGUGCUUCCUGCAGAUCUUCUGCAUUCACACUUAUGGAAGUGUUGAAGUUUCAAACUUAGCCAUCAUGUCUUAUGACAGAUACCUCGCUAUUUGUUGUCCUCUACAGCAGGGGUCCCCAAUCUCAUAUAACACCCGAAUGACAUCUAACAGUACAGCUGUUCUGAUUAUGGUGACGUGGGCGUACUCUUUAGUAAAAUUUCUUAUUGCUUUAUCCUUAAACCUGCGUCUCAGGCUGUGUGGAAACUUCUUAAACAGUUUGUAUUGUCAGAAUUACCUGGUGGUUAGGCUGGCUUGUUCUGGCACAAAGGUGAAUAAUGUUUAUGGGAUUUUUGACAUUAUUAUCACCAUUAUAGUCCCCACACUUAUCAUCUUGUUCUCUUACAUGAAAAUCCUCAAAGUGUGUUUUUAUGGAUCCAAACAGAUGAGACAAAAAAGCCUCACCACCUGCACGCCUCAGCUGGUGUCUCUCUUGAAUUUUUCUUUUGGUUGUUGCUUUGAAAUAUUUCAGAGCAGGUUCGAUACGACGGGUUUACCCGGCGCUCUGAGAAUCUUCCUGUCUCUGUAUUUUCUCAUGAUGCAGCCGCUCAUGAAUCCGAUCUUGUAUGGAACACAGAUGUCAAAGAUCAGAGGCGUUUAUGAACAUGUGCUGUCCUCUAAAGUUUCAUGUAGGUGUAGUAAGGUUUCACAGAGUGAUUGA